GUCAAUUCUCCGUCACUAUAAUCUGAUCCUUAAAUUACUUUAGACAUGUCUCAAAUGGAACUUGCAAAUUUCACAAGCAAAUACCCAUGACUCUUUUUCAAGCAAGUUCGAACAAAAUGCGGGUUUUGGCUGUGAAAGUGAUCUUAAUAGUAUGCUUUCUUUCUAGGGCAGUAUUUAUUUGCUGUCUUAGCUCCUCCAUGCAUUUGGACCAAACCUUCACCUCUAGGCUGAAAGGAAAUGAAACCGACAGGCUGGCACUCUUAUCCAUCAAAGGCAACAUACAGCAUGAUCCCAACCGUGUCCUGAGCUCCUGGAAUAACUCCAUUCACUUCUGCUUGUGGCAUGGUGUCACUUGCAGUUCAAGGCAUCGUCAGAGAGUCACCAUGCUGGACCUCAGCUCCCAAGGCCUGGCUGGCUCCAUAUCCCCACACAUAGGAAAUCUGAGCUUUCUAAGGGAACUUCUGCUCUAUAACAAUAGCUUCACUCAAGAAAUUCCUCCACAAAUUGGGCAUUUGCAUAGGUUACAGUUACUAUCUUUAAUGAAUAACUCAUUUAGUGGCCCUAUUCCUGCCAGCAUAUCCAAUUGCUUCAACCUCACCUUUCUCACUGUCGGUCAAAACAAGCUGGUGGGUGAAAUUCCUUCCAAUCUUGGUUUCUUAUCUAAGCUUCAAACACUUGUUUUACAGGAUAAUAAUUUAACAGGAGAAAUCCCUCCUUCCUUGGGGAACCUUUCAUCUCUUACAGUAUUUUCUCCAGCUGGUAACAACUUCGUGGGAAGCAUCCCUAGUUCUCUAGGCCAAUUAAAAAAGUUAACCUUUCUUUCGUUGGAAGAAAACAAGUUGUCUGGUACCAUCCCUCCUUCCAUUUACAACCUAUCUGCUAUUGUUACUUUUUCUGUAGCACUAAACCAAAUUCAGGGGAGCAUGCCCUCACACUUGAGCACUGCGUUUCCUAACCUCAAGGACUUUCUUAUUAUGGGGAAUGCCUUUACUGGGGCCAUUCCUUUGUCAAUAUCCAAUGCAACAAGUCUAGUGUCGUUCAAUGUUGAAGAGAACAAGCUAACAGGACAAGUGCCCAAUUUGCGAAAGCUUCAAAACCUCACAGAUUUCUUUGUCCAGUCUAAUCAUCUCGGAAGCGGUAAACAAGGGGACUUGAGCUUUGUCUCAGAGUUGAGGAAUGCCACACAGUUAAGAUUGUUGAUUUUAGGCUACAACAAUUUCGGAGGAACAUUGCCCACAUCAAUAUCCAAUCUCUCAACCAGUCUCAAAAUGCUUUGGGUUCAUGAAAACCAACUACAUGGAAGCAUCCCAACUGGUUUAGGAAAUCUUGUGAAUUUGCAAUCACUCGCUUUGUUGGGAAACUCCAUCACAGGUAGCAUCCCCGCUGACAUUGGGAAGCUUUCAGCGCUUGGGGAAUUGUAUCUUUCGAACAACCAAUUAUCAGGAAGCAUUCCAUCUUCUCUUGGAAAUCUAACCAUGUUAAGCCGGCUUUACUUGCUAGCAAAUAAUCUUAGCGGCAGCAUCCCUUCGAGUCUAGGGAAAUGCCACGGGUUGUUGGAAUUGGAUCUUUCUCAAAAUAACCUUAAUGGUGCAAUACCCCAGCAACUACUUAUUGGCCUCCUCUCCUUAUCAAUUAUUCUCAACUUGUCCAGAAACCACUUUGUUGGUUCCCUUCCUCUGCAGAUCGGCAAGUUGAGGAAUCUAGGUGAACUUGACGUUUCUGAGAACCUGUUAUCGGGAGAGCUUCCUAAUAGCCUUGGUGAUUGUGAGAGUUUAGAAGUCCUACAGUUGCAAGGAAAUUCGUUCAAGGGGCUUAUUCCAUCAUCUAUGAAGAACUUGAGAGGCCUUCGAGAUUUAGACCUUUCUAGAAACAAUUUGUCAGGACAUAUUCCACAGUUCUUUAAGGGCUUUGGAAACUUGGAGAAUCUGAACCUAUCCUUCAAUCACUUAUGGGGGGAAGUACCAAUUGAAGGUGUUUUUAAGAAUGCAAGUGCAACAUCGGUUGUUGGAAAUACCGCACUCUGCGGAGGUAUUGCAGAGCUUCGACUUCCUGUGUGCAAAUCUGAAGUGUCUAAAGCAACAGGUUUGUCUCGUACAAUAAAAAUAGUUAUGGCUUUAGUAUCCGGGUUUACUCUGUUGGUAAUUGCUAUAAUGCUAUCCUUCUUACUUCAUUGUAAGAAAAGGAAAGCAAUUAAGUUGAGCACUUUGGGGAACUCGGUUUUGCAAGUCUCAUAUGCUACGCUCCUAAAAGCAACUGAUGAGUUUUCUUCCACUAAUUUGAUUGGUGAGGGUGGUUUUGGUUCUGUGUACAAAGGAAUUCUCGAUCUUGAUAGAGUUGUUGCUGUAAAGGUACUUAACAUGUUACAUAGGGGAGCUUCAAAGAGUUUCAUAGCUGAAUGUGAAGCACUGAGAAACAUCAGGCAUCGAAAUCUGGUCAAGAUUAUAACUGCAUGUUCAAGUGUUGAUUUUCGUGGAAAUGAUUUCAAGGCUCUAGUUUAUGAAUUCAUGGAAAAUGGGAGCUUAGAAGAGUGGUUGCAUCCAUCCACUGGAAUUGAAACGGUAAUAGAUGCACCCAAAACUUUAAGUCUUGUCCAGAGGCUCGAUAUCGCCAUUGAUGUUGCUUCUGCAUUGGAUUAUCUUCACAAUCAUUGUGAAACACCAAUAGUUCACUGUGAUCUCAAACCAAGUAACGUUCUUUUGGACAAAGAGUUGACCGCACAUGUUUCUGACUUUGGACUGGUAAGGUUUCUCUCAAAAUUAACUGAUAACAUUUCUGGAAAUCAAUCAAGCUCCAUUGGAAUAAGAGGAUCGGUUGGUUAUGCUGCUCCAGAGUAUGGUAUGGGAAGUGAGGUGUCAACCUAUGGGGAUGUGUACAGCUUUGGCGUUCUCUUGUUAGAAAUGUUUACUGGGAAGAGACCUACUGAUCCUAUGUUCAGUGACAGCUUGAAUCUUCAUAACUUUGUGAAGAUGGCUCUACCUAAACAUGUUGAGGAGAUUACGGAUUCACAACUUGAAGGAGGCAUCACCACUGUUGAUGAAGCUCGCAAUCAACCCAUCACAAGACCACAAAAAAUUGAAGAGUGCUUAAAGUUGAUAUUUGGAAUUGGAAUUGCGAGUUCUGCUGAAUCCCCAACAAACCGAAAGGAUAUAAGUGAUGUUGUAUCUGAAUUGCACACCGUCAGGAACAAUCUUCUUGGCUAGAACUUUUCAAAUUAUUACUUUUAUGUAUGUUCUAUGGUUGUAUUUUGAUAUCUUUUGUUUUUUUAUUGUAAUAUGCUGUCUUUGAAGUCUUGUUGUUACUAUUACUAGUAUUAAUUUAGAGUGCAAUUGUGUGUUUGAGGCCUUGAGGUCCCCAUUGUAAUAAAAAGAAUAAAAAGGAGUAUACUAAA